AUCCUCCCCUUCUCCCCCUUUCUCUCCUCCUCACCGCCCUCUCUCUCUCUCUCUCUCUCUCUUUUUCCAUUUCCUCCUCCGCCGUUGCCGCUGCCGCGCCGUUGGAAUCUCUCCUCCUUUCUUCCUCACAAUGAUCUCCUCUCUUAAUUUUUUCUCGAUUUUCAUCAUCUUCAUUCACUUCUUCUCACUCUCUUCAUCGUCUCCCGCUGGCGGUGAUCACGGCGGCUCUCCUUUAGUUGGCGCCGCCUGCGCCUUACAACCGCUCCGGAUUUCUAAUUCUCUCAAGAAUCAGAGUAUUGGAGCGUUGGUUUCUCAAUUGGCAUCUCAGAGUUGUGAGGUAUGGACGGAGGCUUGCUCUGAGGCGAUCCUGAGUUUGGCGAAGCGGCCUGAGGUUGUUGAUUGGUUGAAGAAGGUUAGGAGAAGGAUUCAUGAGAAUCCGGAACUUGCGUUUGAAGAAUUCGAAACUAGUCAGUUAAUUCGCGAUGAAUUGGACCGGAUGGAGAUUAGUUAUGAGCAUAUGUUGGCUAAAACUGGCGUUCGUGCUUGGAUCGGAACUGGCGGACCGCCUUUUGUUGCUCUUAGAGCUGAUAUGGAUGCUCUUCCAAUCCAGGAAGCUGUGGAAUGGGAGCAUAAAAGCAGAGUCGCAGGUAAGAUGCAUGCGUGUGGGCACGAUGCUCACGUUACAAUGCUUCUUGGUGCUGCCAAGAUUUUAAAGGCUCGUGAACAUCUCUUGAAGGGGACAGUGAUUCUGCUGUUUCAGCCAGCUGAAGAAGCCGGUAAUGGUGCAAAGAGAAUGAUUGGAGAUGGGGCUUUAAGAGACGUUCAAGCCAUUUUUGCAGCUCAUGUUUCUCAUGAACAUCCCACCGCGGUUAUCGGAUCCCGUCCUGGUCCUCUACUUGCCGGCUGUGGCUUCUUUAGGGCCGUGAUUACCGGCAAAAAGGGUCAUGCUGGUUCGCCCCAUCGCUCGGUCGAUCCGGUUCUGGCUGCCUCUGCUGCCGUUGUCAGCUUGCAGGGAAUUGUGUCUCGUGAGGCAAAUCCUUUAGAUUCACAGGUUGUGUCAGUGACGUCGUUCAAUGGAGGAAGUAAUUUGGAUAUGAUUCCGGAUGUCGUCGUUAUUGGUGGGACCUUCAGGGCUUUCUCCAACUCAAGUUUCUACCAAGUUCUUCAAAGAAUAGAGCAGGUAAUUGUGGAGCAGGCCAGUGUGUACAGAUGCUCAGCAAUGGUUGAUUUCUUUGAAAAAGAAUACACCAUAUACCCACCAACAGUUAAUGACAAAGCAAUGUAUGAACAUGUGAAGAAAGUGGCGAUUGAUCUUCAUGGUUCACAAAAUUUCAGGAUUGUCCAACCAAUGAUGGGAGCCGAAGACUUUUCCUUCUACUCUGAAUAUGUUCCUGCUGCCUUCUUUUACAUAGGAGUUCGGAACGAAACUUUAGGUUCAAUCCACACAGGCCACUCUCCCUACUUCAUGAUCGACGAAAACGUCCUCCCGAUUGGUGCUGCAACUCACGCAACCAUUGCCGAGAGAUACCUGUAUGAGCAUGGAGAAUGACAAGCAAAGUUGUAGGGACUACUUUCCAUGGCACUUUUGUUGCUUCAAAAGAAUGUUCUACUUCAGAAAAAAAAGUGAUUAGUUCCACCCUCGGCAAGUUUUUGGACUACGUAAUCCGGGGGUUGUGAAAGGAGAAAAGUCGGUCGCUCCCCGUCCUAUUGUAUAUGAUUAGGAGACACGGGACAACACAACUACCCCCAUGCUACUGCAAUAUAUUUUUGAAUUUUUAUUUUAUUUUAUUUUCGUUGUAUUUUGUGUCAUGGUUAAUGGUGUUAUAUAUGACCUUGUAACCUUUUAACAACUUAAAUUCAACUUAUCAAAAUCAAUGGCAGUGAUGAAACUAAUUAUUCAGCCUUAUUUAUGAUAAUCAUUUUGGUUUUU